AUGGCUAAUAAUCAAUUCUACAUUAAUUCAUUACCGAUUUAUAAAUUAUUUUUCGAUGAUAUUGAAGAAAUAUUUCUUAAUACAAUCUCAUUUCGUAUUCUUAAUAUAUUAUAUUUAAUAACGUGUUUAUUUAUUAUUGGAAUAUUAAUUCUUCUUUUUUAUCGAUCAAGAAAACUUUUUUUGCCUUGUCUUAUUCCACUUAUAUAUGCGUUAAUAUUCUAUGAUUUUAUUCAGUUAUUAUCAUUAAUAUUGUUAAAAUAUAAUGCUAGUGAACAUUUUCUUAAUCAAUUAUGUCGUUGGCCAUAUUAUUUAAAAUCAUCAUCGGAUGCUGGUCAAUGUUUAACAAUAAUAUUUAUAUUUGCUUUAAGUCGUCAUCAUAUACGAUAUUUUAUAACUCAUAAUAAUUUACCUAAUACAAGUUAUAUUCAUUCUCGUGCGUUAGCAUUUGUUUGUUUAUUAUUUAUUGUUUAUGUUAAUAAUUGGAUAACACAUUUAAAAGUUGAAAAAGUACAUUUAAUAACAUUAAAUGAAACAAAAUAUGAAAUAAAUGUACAAGAAUUACCUAUGUCAUUGCAUGAUUUAACAGAAAUACAAAUACAUUCUCAUCAACGUUUUAUAACUGAUCUUGAUAAAUAUUCUCAAGGUUAUGAAAGAAAUAUAAUUCUACAAAAUCAACAAAAAAUUACUAAAGAUAAAAUUAUACAUAAUAAUAAAGAUGGUUCAAUACAUGAAAUAAUAAUUAAAUUUCCUUCGGAUUAUUUUUUUACUACAUUUAAGAAUCCAACAAAAAGAAAUGAAACAACAGAUUCAAAUGAAUAUAAUAAUUCAUAUCGUAUUAAUCGUUGUACAUAUGGACAAACAAAUUUUGUUUUAACAAAUUUUCUUUCAUUAAUUCAUUCAAUAUGUUAUUUUAUAUUAAUAUCAUAUUAUUUAAUAAUUAUUUAUUCAUAUAAAAUAACAGAUACAUCAAUUAAUUAA